UCACCACGACGUACGAUUACAAUCUCAAUCUCCAAAGUCUUUGUUCCUAGUUUCCUCCUUCUCACUCUGUCUAUGGCUUCUUCAUCUUCUUCUCGCAAUUGGUUAUAUGAUGUUUUCUUGAGCUUCAGAGGAGGAGACGUCCGUGUAACAUUCCGUAGCCACUUUCUCAAAGAGCUCGAUCGCAAACUGAUCACUGCUUUCAGAGACAAUGAGAUCGAGAGAAGCCACUCUCUAUGGCCCGAUCUUGAACAAGCGAUCAAGGAGUCCAGGAUCGCUGUGGUCCUUUUCUCCAAAAACUAUGCUUCAUCAAGCUGGUGUCUUAACGAGUUGCUGGAGAUUGUGAAUUGCAAUGAUAAAAUUGUCAUACCGGUUUUCUACGGUGUGGAUCCUUCCCAAGUGAGGCAUCAAAUCGGUGACUUUGGAAGUAUCUUUGAAAAGACUUGCAGGAGACAUUCAGAGGAAGUGAAAAAUCAGUGGAAGAAAGCGUUGACUGAUGUAGCUAAUAUGCUUGGAUUUGAUUCGGCGACCUGGGAUGACGAAGCAAAAAUGAUUGAAGAAAUAGCCAAUGAUAUUUUGGGUAAACUGCUUUUAACUACACCCAAAGAUUUUGAAAAUUUUGUUGGCAUCGAAGAUCAUAUUGCAAAUAUGAGUGGAUUGUUGCAACUGGAGUCUGAAGAAGUGAGAAUGGUUGGUAUAUGGGGUUCCUCAGGGAUUGGUAAGACUACCAUCGCAAGAGCUCUGUUUAACCAACUUUCUCGUAAUUUCCAAGUUAGCAAAUUCAUAGACAGAGCUUUUGUAUAUAAGAGUAGAGAAAUCUAUAGUGGAGCCAAUCCGGACGACCACAACAUGAAGUUAAAUUUACAAGAGAGCUUCCUCUCUGAAAUUCUGAGGAUGCCGGACAUAAAGAUCGAUCAUCUAGGUGUACUAGGAGAGAGGCUACAACACCAGAAAGUUCUUAUCAUCGUUGAUGAUUUGGAUGACCAAGUGAUCUUAGAUUCCUUGGUGGGUCAAACUCAAUGGUUUGGAAGUGGGAGUAGAAUCAUUGUGGUUACAAAUAAUAAGCAUUUCUUAAGAGCUCAUGGGAUUGAUCAUAUUUAUGAACUUAGUCUCCCAACUGAAGAGCAUGCUGUUGCAAUGUUAUGUCAAUCUGCUUUCAGGAAAAAAUCUCCACCAGAAGGUUUUGAGAUGCUUGUAGUUCAAGUUGCAAGACAUGCGGGUAGUCUUCCUUUGGGUCUUAAUGUUUUGGGUUCGUGUUUGAGGGGGAGGGAUAAGGAGUACUGGGUGGAUAUGCUGCCUCGGCUUCAGAAUAGUCUAGACGAUAAAAUUGAGAAAAUACUAAGAAUCAGUUAUGAUGGGUUAGGUAGCGCAGAAGAUCAAGCGAUAUUUCGUCAUAUCGCAUGUAUUUUCAAUCAUAUGGAUGUCACAACCAUCAAGUCGUUGCUCGCAGAUAGUAAAUUGGGUGUUAAUGUUGGGCUGCAAAACCUGGUUGAUAAGUCCCUCAUUCAUGUCAGAUGGGGUCAUGUGGAGAUGCAUCGUUUGCUACAAGAAAUGGGCCAAAAUAUUGUUCGCACACAGUCAAUUGACAAACUUGGAAAACGAGAAUUUCUGGUGGAUCCAAAUGAUAUUUGUGAUGUACUCAGUGAAGGCAUUGAUACUCGAAAGGUUUUAGGUAUAUCAUUGGAGACAAGUAAGAUUGAUCAGUUGUGUGUACAUAAGAGUGCCUUCAAAGGGAUGCGUAAUCUCCGUUUCUUAAAAAUUGGUACGGAUAUCUUUGGAGAAGAAAACAGAUUGGACUUACCUGAAAGUUUCAACUAUUUGCCACCUACACUCAAACUAUUGUGCUGGUCUGAAUUCCCAAUGAGGUGUAUGCCUUCUAAUUUUCGUCCUGAAAACCUUGUCAAGCUCAAAAUGCCGAAUAGCAAGCUACAUAAGUUGUGGGAUGGAGUUGUGCCACUUACAUGUCUAAAGGAAAUGGAUCUGGAUGGAUCAGUCAACCUGAAAGAAAUUCCUGAUCUUUCCAUGGCUACUAAUCUUGAGACACUUGAGCUUGGGAAUUGCAAGAGUUUGGUGGAGCUUCCUUCCUUCAUACGAAAUCUCAAUAAACUGUUGAAAUUGAACAUGGAAUUCUGCAACAAUCUGAAAACUCUUCCAACUGGCUUCAACCUCAAAUCUCUCGGCCUCCUCAACUUCCGAUAUUGCUCGGAGUUGAGGACUUUUCCCGAAAUCUCAACCAACAUCUCAGAUCUCUAUCUGACUGGAACAAACAUUGAAGAACUCCCUUCUAAUUUACAUCUCGAGAAUCUUGUUGAGCUUAGCAUAUCAAAAGAAGAGAGUGAUGGGAAACAAUGGGAAGGAGUCAAGCCGCUUACGCCCUUACUGGCGAUGUUGUCUCCCACUUUGACGAGCUUGCAUCUCCAGAAUAUCCCAAGUUUGGUGGAGCUUCCUUCUUCAUUUCAGAAUCUCAAUAAUCUGGAGUCUUUGGACAUCACAAACUGCAGAAAUCUGGAGACUCUACCCACUGGAAUCAACCUCCAAUCUCUCUAUAGCCUUAGUUUCAAGGGAUGCUCACGCUUGAGGAGCUUUCCUGAAAUCUCAACCAACAUCUCAAGUCUCAAUCUAGACGAAACAGGGAUUGAAGAGGUUCCUUGGUGGAUCGAGAACUUCUCUAACCUUGGUUUGCUAAGUAUGGAUCGUUGCAGCAGGCUAAAAUGUGUAUCCCUACACAUUUCUAAACUGAAACAUCUUGGGAAAGUUGACUUUAAAGAUUGUGGGGAGUUGACUAGAGUUGAUUUGAGUGGCUAUCCAAGUGGGAUGGAGGAGAUGGAAGCUGUCAAGAUUGACGCAGUUUCCAAAGUCAAACUCGAUUUCAGGGACUGUUUCAACUUGGAUCCAGAAACUGUCCUUCACCAAGAAUCAAUUGUUUUCAAAUACAUGUUACUUCCAGGGGAACAAGUGCCAUCAUAUUUCACUUACCGUACUACUGGAGUCUCCUCUCUGACCAUUCCUCUACUUCCCACACAUCUCUCUCAUCCAUUCUUCAGAUUUAGGGUUGGCGCAGUGGUAACUAAUGUAAUACAUGGAAAAAAUAUGGAGGUGAAAUGUGAGUUCAAAAACAGAUUUGGGAACAGCUUUCAUGUUGGCUCUGAUUUCUAUGUUUAUUUACUUUUCACGAAAAGUCAGAAGGGUAGUCAAAUGUUAACUAUAUUGGAAUGUUGUAUCCCUCUAAACGAAGGUAAUGCUCCUCUAGCUCAAGGGAACUACGAUCACGUGGUUAUGAAUAUUCAUAUAAGAGCUGGAGGUUGGAGAUCUACGUUCGAAUUAAAAGAAUGGGGUAUACGACUCUUAGAGGACUGUUCAUCAGCAGAGAACCGACUUGGUAAUCCAAACAGUAAUCUUCCACAUUUUUCGGAAGCGGAAGAAGGCAAUAUUGGGUAUACACCUCCUCAAGGACUUGUUAAUGAGAUUGAACACAGUGAAGAGUCUGUAGAUAACGAUGUAGAGACAGAGAGAAGCACAAAGCGAAUGCGGAUCACGUAAAGGACCACUCAAGAAGACAAGAAACCUAUGACUUGCCCUACCGCUAUACCUAGGACUGGGAGAAACACAUGAUGUCACUUUCAAUCUUUGUUUGCAAUGAGUUGUUUUGCCGGUUAUAAUGGAACAACAAGAUCAAAGGAGAACAUGCAACGACUGAUCUCCAAUAUCUCCCUAGCUAGAGACGUUUUAAGCUUCAUUUGCUCAUAAACUAAUAGACUAUGCUGAUGAAAUAGGGGUUGAGGCUCACUGAGGCUAAAAGGAAGUUCAUGUGCAAAAUAUUGAGUCUUUAGAGAGAGACGAGAAUAUUUUGAAUCAUGCAAGAAUCAAGACUAGGACCAACAGAAGUCAGAAGCAUGUUUUUCGUUCUCUAAAUUUUCCUGGACCGAACUGGGAUUGUGUAUUGUUUUUCAUGGUCAUUAAUUUCCUGAAUUUUACUGGAGGAGUUGUAUUAUAUUAUCAAUGUUAUACGUUCAAUUCAACAGAAAAAUUGUAUGAAAUCAGAUUGGUAUGCUAUGUAGGGCUUCCAUGAAAGCAAUAGAGACAAUGGGAGAA